AUGCCGUCCGAUGAAGGAAGUUUAUCAGGAGCCUCGAAACUUGUGUGGUUUUCGUCCUCAGAAGUACAGAAUAACAAUUUUGAUGAUUGUUCAUCGUUAUCUUCAUGGGACGAUUGGUCCGACUUUGACGAAAGUGAUACCGAUUCUCUCUACGUCACGGAUCUAACAACACUGCCAUCGAAGGAUACAUCUUCUUGCUCAAUGUUUAGUGUACUAAAACAGGAAGACAUGAAGCUCAUAUGUCAAUCUUCUCGGGGAAUAAUGCCCGAAUCACCAAAGCUUCUAACGAAGGAGUCAUUUUUAAAUAAUGAAAGUCAAAAGGAUCUUUUGCCCAUGCGUGAUACGCCGGGAAAUCCGUUGCUUGGUUCAAAGAUCGAGCGAAAUAAAAAAAUGGUGACAGAAAAAGAUUUUGCCCAGGUUUUUCGGGGAAGGAGAUAUCCGGUCCCACCAAAUUAUUACGAUUGCAAUGACCAAGAUGAUUACUACAAAAGUUCGGAUAUCAAGCCACGGAAUCUUUUGCCUCUUUUACUUUCCGAAGCUGCCGCCGCUUCCAAGUCCGUCUCACCUAAUUCGACUAAAAGACACCAUUGCAAUGAUGAAAACAUAAACGAUCAAGGAGUAAACGCAUCACAGAUUAUGUAA